UACUAGUUUAAUUCAAAAAUAUUUAGAUUCAAUGUAAAAAUAGCUGCUUCGAUAAACGAAUAUUAUGCUUCUAAAAUGCAUCUUGCUUUGUGUGCCAGUUUCAGAACGCUUGACUUUUUCCUUCUCCUGUAGGACUAGCAACCAACUCAUGAAAACACGUUUGAGGCAGCUCUGAAGAAUUGAUAUUAGCAGUACAAGAUUUAUGUAGAGUGUCUGUUCAACAAUAGUGUCUACUGAUCUCAGGAUGAUGCAUGUAGACGGUAUUAGAACCUCCAGGUACGUUAAAAAAAAUUUAUUACUGCAUAACUCAAAAGUUCAAAAAUACAAUUAACAAAACUAGACUUGGCUAGAGACUCAUGAAAGAGAUCACCGUCUUCACAAAAAAAAAAAAUUGUGGUCGGAAACAACAGAAUAUUUUUUUCCUCUCAUAGACUUAAAUCAAAGCUACUCGAGACCAAAGUUCUUCUCUCAAAACUUUUCAUCUGCUUUUACAUCAUCUUUCGUUUACAUGAUAGUGAUGUAUUUCACUGGCAAAGGAUUAGAGACUCAAGUUGCUGACGCGUAUCUUAAAGGGAGACUUCAAUAAUACAAAAGGCACUUUUUCAUAUCAACGAUUUUUUACCUUACAAUCUUCAUUUAGUUUCCUUGGUCACAUAUACAAAGACGAACUUUCAAACCCCAAUAGAUGGAAGAAUAUAUAAAUCUAGGCUUGAUUGGUGAGGGUUCGUUCGGCAGGGUCUACAAAGCUCGAAUAAAGGGCAGUGGCCAAAUUGUUGCAAUGAAGCUUAUAGGAAAGAAAGGAAAAAACGAAAAAGAGCUUCGAAAUCUGAAAUGUGAAAUUGAAAUUCUCACCAAACUAAAGCAUGAUCACAUCAUCACUCUAUAUGAUGCAUUUGAAACGAAGGACAACCUUGUAGUGAUAAUGGAGUACGCGGUAGGUGAGCUUUAUGGUGUUCUAGAGACAGAUAAGCGACUUCCUGAAUACCUUGUGCAACGUAUUGCAAAGCAGUUAGUUCAAGCGCUGCAUUAUCUUCACAGCAACCGUAUCAUCCACCGUGACAUCAAACCUCAAAAUAUCUUAUUAGGCAACAAUGGCAUUGUGAAGCUUGCAGAUUUUGGGUUCGCACGAUCGAUGAGUUUCAAUACUAUUGUACUAACAAGCGUGAAGGGGACACCUCUUUAUAUGGCUCCCGAACUUAUUCAAGAGCAACCAUAUGAUCAUAAAGCAGAUUUGUGGUCAUUAGGAUGCAUUCUAUAUGAAUUAUACUAUGGUAAACCUCCAUUCAACACAAAUAGCCUCUACACCCUUAUUAACCAAAUUACCAAGAGUGCUGUAAAUUUUGAUGAGCCCAUUUCAUCGAACUUCAAAAGUUUCUUGGAAGGACUCUUGAUUAAACAGCCCUCUGCUCGAUUGAGUUGGCCUUGUUUGCUAACUCACACUUUUGUUUCCCUAACAGAUGCGGAUUAUGAAUGGAUAAGUAUUACAAAAGAAUCUGAUACUAGAAUGAAGAAUAGGAUAAUACAGUUGGGUUGUAUGAAGCUUUAUCAUGUUACUGAUAAGGUUUGUGGAAACAUGAAUGAGGUUGAUAUCAACGGACGACCUUUUUCCUCUGAAGAGGAUAGCAUAUUUAAUUCGUCCUCUCUAAUCCAAUUACAGUCGGAGGACAAAAGCGUAAUAAGAAGCUUGCUUGUGAAAAUGAUUUCAGCCAUGGGAAGCGUUGAAAGUGCUCUCGAGAAUAAGAAGGAAGAUAAAAUAACCCUAACAGCCAUCAUAACUUGGGCAAUAAAGUUGCUUUCCUCAGCACAAGACAAAGGUAUUUUGGAACUUACUAUUAAAUUUAUUUCGGUCCUUGUCUUCCCUGAAGAUGGUGAUGUUCUUCCUUUUCCAUCCGUUCCUGCGUUUCAGCCAGUUCUGGCUCUUCUAAAGCAACGUCACGAGCAACCACGCAUAGGUACACUUCUUCGCGAAAGUGUAGCAAUGGAAUUGAUACAGAAUCCAAGGUCGCUGGCUUUGAUUAUGAAUGAAGUCAUAACUAAUGCCAACUCUUCUCGUUUCCUCUGCAUUAAAAUAUUGCUUCAAUGCACUCGAUGGGGGAGUAGCUUUGGGUCGUUAUUUGUGCAGUUGAAAGAAUUUCCUAGUUUUUGGGAUUUUAUUUUUCACUGGCUCUUGGAUACCAAUGAGAUAUGUGAUAAUAUCUACUAUGAAAAUGCUGCUUUAAUGCUUCAUUUUGUUCGAAUCGCAAUACCCCAUAUUAAACUUGUGGCAUCCCGCUACAUGAACCACUCCAGGGUUGUCUUACUGGCAAAUCGAGAGCUUUGUGCUAUUUGCAGCUAUAGACAUACAGAUUUUUCCAAAGUAGAGUCUAACGCGAUGCAACUCAACUAUUAUACAGCUUCUGUGCUGUUCGUCGCAUUCGCCUAUCGUGAGCUUAACUAUUUUCCAGUGUUUAUGGCAGGUGAUACUCUUGUUAGCGGAUUUCGUGCUAUUGUAGAUGGAAUAAGCCGUUUAAAUUCAAAAUCAAACACUUUCAGGAUUUUAGGCAGCGGCUACGGGUAUCCAGAGCAUGGUAUGUUAGACGGAGUUGUCCACAUGCUUUCUCUUAUUCUUUCGAUUUCAAAAUCGAUUUUAUGUGAGAAAAUCCCUGAGAACAACGUGCAGUUGUUCCUGGAUACAUACCGGAGGGAAUUCGUGAAUCUUAUUUUUACCUUUCUAGGGAAUAGUGACGCACAAAGCGAAUUAUCGAUAAGUGGGGUUCAGGUGGCCUUGAGGGCGUUACAACAGAUACUAUUGUUCGAGUCUAUGAAGAGUUUAGAUUUUUUUUUAGAUCCGCUGUCCUCACAUUCUGGCAAUAAGGGUAUUCCUAUUCACCCUUUAUCUGUUAUUUGCAGACAACUGCAAACAGAGUACCUUCAACAAAUAUUCUUAUGGCCCGAGAGCCACGGAGGAGGUUCACUUGGUGUAAGCUUGCAUCUUACCGUUGUUGCCCAGAUUUUGAAUUAUAUCCUGCAUCCCGUGGGUUCUGAUUCAAAAAUCAAUUCAAAGAUCAUUUCUGUUAUUCAAAAGGUAGCAUGUGAAGAUGGACUAGUGGAAAUGUUAGUGAGGUCUUUGGACUAUGCUGAGAUCGCCUUUUGGGGCCCCUCCUUUACUUUAAUCACCAAGCUUACGGAGAUUUCUGACGAUUUUGCAAAAGCCUUUGUUGACAGCGGGGGCCUGAAGCCAAAGCUAAUCAAGCACGCUCUUGACAAUGAGAAAGCAAAUACUGGCCUUAUUUUAGACGCCUUGCGUGUUUUGUCGCAGCUUGCUCGGUUAUCGGAAGAAUUUUAUCUCCCCAUUCAUUCAGCGAACCUAUACGGUAACUUGUCCAUCCUUAUCCGCCAUCACAAACGUGAAAUUCGCCGCAAGAUAUACACAUUAAUUGGUAACCUAUGCAAGCAUUCAAAUUAUUUUUAUGUGCACUUGGACCAGAAUCAACUGAUAGAACCACUAGUAGAAUGCUGCAGUAACUGCAACUCCUCAUCAAUUAAGUUUGCACUGUUUGCAGUCGGGAAUGCUGCGUAUCAUAGUGAUUAUUUCUAUGAGCAACUCAAGCCUUCUAUUCCUAGUUUAAUUCAACUUUUAUCAAGCUCCGACAGUAAAACAAUACAGAACACGGCAGGUGUCCUUUGCAAUUUGGUUCGGAAUGGAAAUCAACUGCUCGGAGAUUUGAUGAAGCAUCAUGCGGCUGAAGAACUAUUUAGAAUAUUUAAGGACGGCCCUUUAGAUUGUAAAAAGGUAGUAGCUUCAGCAAUAAGCAUGUUUUGCCAGCAUGAUGUUUUUAAAAAUCUAUUCAUUACCCUAGGCUUGAAGGAUCUUAUAAAUGAGAUGUCACAACUGCAGGAUAUGUCGGAUCCAUUUACGGAUAGAUACAUGGACCGUAUAAAGCAUCGUUUGAAUAUAAGCUACUAA